GUAAAAAUGCAUUGGAAAAGCUUUUACAAGUAUACAAAACUUUUUCAAAUUUUUAGUCGUUUCAGAACGAUGUAAGAACUUGCAAAGACCCAGAUUGUUGAUGGAAAAUGCUAAAAGAAUAUCCUCUGCCAACGUCUGGUUAAUAUAUGAAAUAGCAUAAAAAAUGGAUAUAUUUUUAUUAUGGAAUUUCUUUUUUAAUAACGAUGAGAAUAAUGAUCGGGAAAUAGCACAUAGAAGAGAACAACAUCUCAAAAUCAAUAAUUUCUUUGAAAUUAUUGUUCCUUUGUAUUCAUUAACAGAUUUCAAAUCACAUUUUCGUAUUGAAAGAAAUACUUUUGAACACUUGAUACAAACUUUUGGAGCGGCUUUAUUGGAAAAUGAUGAUUCUCCAAAAUUACCACCAGCUAAACAAUUUGCUAUUGCUUUAUGGUUUUUUGGCAAUCAAGAAGCUUACAGAUCCGUUGCAGAUCGAUUUGGAACGUCUAAAGACACUAUAUGGAGAUGUGUUUUUAAUGUCGCUUACACGCUAGAGCAACAUGUUCAAAAUUAUAUUAAAUGGCCACAAAUUCAGGAGACAUUAAAUAUACAAGAACAGUUUGCUGCAAUUAGUAAUUUCCCAGGUGUGGUGGGCGUUAUUGAUGGUUGCCACAUUCCUAUUAGUGCUCCUAUUGAACAUCCAAAUAAUUACAUUAAUAGAAAAGGAUUCCAUUCUAUAUUAUUGCAAGGAAUUUGUAAUCACCAAAUGAAAUUUAUUGACGUGUUUACGGGAAUUUGCGGCAGUGUACAUGAUGCUCGAGUUUGGCGGUUAAGCGACAUCAGAAAUAUGAUAGAGCAUGAUGUAGGACGGUAUUUUCCACAACAAGGUCAUCUCUUGGCUGAUUCUGCAUACCCGUUAUUGCAUUAUAUGCUAACUCCAUAUCGUGACAAUGGUCACUUGAAUCAUGUCUAA